AUAGUAUAUUGGAAAUCUCAGACGCACGCCGCGUAGAUCCAUAUUAUAAUUGACGUCCGGCAGCUGCUGUGCUGCAACACUCGUGCGCGUAACAGAUAAUAAUAUAUUGUACACGGAAUACGAGUUCCGACGUACUUUUGUGGACGAUAAUACUGUUAUCUUUUAUUGCAGUGUGGUCGUGUGCGAACUUGUAUUGAUUUCGUCGUGACGGAAACACGGCGAAUCAAUUAUUAUAUGCACUAAUGUUUCAUAAUAGGAUCCGUUUCACAACUUUGAUUCGGCUUGACAAUAUCACAAUACACACAUGAAAGUGUCUACCAUUGAACGUCGCGGUUCACAGCCUGCAGCAGACAGCGAAUAAUAUUGUCGUUAAAAUGAGAUUUGUCAUCUUGACAACGUCUGUGAUUUUGCAAUAUGCAGCUUAAAGACAGAACUUUUGAAGUUACCUCAGACGCGAAAAAAUAUUGAUUUUCAGUCAUGUUGUAAGGCUCCCUGUAGACGACUUCGUGAUAUUUUUGUCACGAAAUUAAACACAAAUAUUUACGAUGAUCGCCUGCACUGUUGACUGCAGAUAACAUUAUAUACAUACAAUCGCCGGUAAAGUAAAACUGCGUAUAGUGUAUAUUAUACAAAUCGCACUCUGAGGGCAUUUCUGGAAACGACAACGACGACGACGACUAAUCUCUGCUGCAGAAGCUGCAGUUUCGACCGGAUAUGUCCACACCGGUGGUCACCACUCCGGUGGAAGUCACCGCUACGGCGAACACCGUACCCGCCGUCGCGGUGGUCGCAGCUUUGGUCGACCCGGCGAACGAUCGUCGAUUGCCACCGGAAAAGGUCACCGGGAACGUAAGGCACGCGAGCAUGCCGCAUAUAGACUCUCGGCCACGUCGUCUGCAGGAAACGACGAUGACUGUCCCGAAGUCCGGCAAGGAUCAAACAGCGCACCAGCAACGUCUGCAGUACGGCAGGUCCAAUAGUACGACAGCGGCGGCAGCGGCCGAUAGGGGUGUGCAUCGUGUCGGUGGCAGCGGCGGUGGUGGUGGUGGUGUCGGAGCGGGGUUCAAGAGCAAGUUGCGCAAUUCGUUCAGGUCGACUGCCAAGAGAAUCCGGCAACAGCAAUCGGCCAUUGACGCGCUGGCCAAGAACAGCCAAAUGCUUGGACUGCACAACCUUCAGGACAGUCCCAGGACGAUGCAGACGCAACGGGCUGUUGGUCGAGAUAUCGCCGGUCAAACGUCUAAACAUCGACCACAAAAUCAACAGGGCGUGGUAUUGUAUUCGUCGUCGGGAAGCGACCACAGUCUCGGAAGAGAGAGGUCGCCGACCAUUAGCAGCUACCCAAAAGGAUCUCCUUCACAAUGGACAGGCACUUGCAGCCCAUUAGGUGGUUCGCAAUUUUCGUUGGCCACUCAAAACACGUGCUGUUGUCAGCAUGUGGUCAACAAUUGCAAAAUGAUGAUAGAAAACAACAACAAUAUGUGGCAACAAAAUUCGUUCAAACACAAUAGGGGCAAUAAUUCUGGGCCAAAAAAUUCAAAUGGAGAACCAUACGAAGACAGUGACGGCCUAACGUGGAGGAGGUUGCACAUGAGCAGAGCAAAACUCAAAGCUACAGCUACCACAUCUGAACUAUUAUCUGGAUUUGCGAUGGUGGCGAUGGUGGAGCUGCAGAUCAACGAGCCGACCAUGGUGCCCGAAUGGCUGUUCAUCAUGUUCGCGGUGUGCACCACCGUGCUGGUGGCCGUGCACAUAUUCGCGCUGAUGAUCAGCACGUACCUGCUGCCCAACGUGGACGCCAUCAGCAAGCUGCAGAGCACCAAGCUGAUCCAGGAGUCGCCGCACGAGCGCAUGCGCGGCUUCGUCGAGCUGGCCUGGGCGUUCUCCACCGUGCUCGGGCUGUUCCUGUUCCUGGUCGAGGUGGCCAUACUGUGCUGGGUCAAGUUCUGGGACCACUCGGUCCGGGCCGCCAUGGCUGCCACCAUAAUCGUCAUACCGGUGCUGGUCAUAUUCGUGUUCUUCGUGUUCCAUUUUUACCGGAACCUGGUCGUGUACAAGUGCAAGUCUACCGUAUCCGACAUCAAGGAACUAGAGGCCAUGAAGAAGAAACUGGACGCGGCCGGCACCACAAAAGUCGUGUGAUCCGCGUGGCGGCCGAUCGGCAGUCUUGCGUUAUGGUUUUAAAUUUUUGAAUAACAACAAAUAUCCGUUGGUUUCUAAUAAGUCAUACUCGUGAUUUUAAUCGAUAACGCACUGUAUUAUUUCCGUUUUACUACCGUUGUAAUGGCGUAAUAGGAUCUAUUAAAACCCAUAAUAUAGAAAUAAAAAUAAAGUCUAAACGAAUAUUUAAAUUAAAUUAUUUUAUGAAAUAUCUUAUGUUAUGCGCUAAUAACUCGUGUAAAAAAUCUAUUAUAAUAAUAUGCACUACAUAUUAACAUUUAUAUAUUUUGUAUUACUGUUGUUAUGAAACGGGUAUGUACCUCACUAUUAGCAUGUUUACACUUAUAUGUAGCAAAAAAAAAAACAUGAAAAUGCACGAACUUACAAAUCCUGGUUAUUAUAUUAUACACUAAUAACAACCCAAUAAUAAUUUAUUAUACCGUCGUCGUCAAAUUAUUAUAAUAUAUUAUAAUCGUUAUUAUUAUUAUUAUUACUAUAUAAUAUCACCACUAUUAUUAUUAUUAAUAUUAUUAUUAAACACAUCAUUCCGCGCAACAUAUAUAAUAUACAUUUAUAUAUUAUUAACGAAAUAUCGUACCUAUAUAUUAUUGUUAUAUGUUAUCAUACACGCGCACGUUCAGUCGAGAAAAUGUACCUAUUUUUUUAUGUUACAAAUAAUAAUAGUCGGGGAUGAAGCAAUGCCCGGUAAGUCAAAAAAAUACGAUUUUAAGAUAUACAUCAGCAUUUUCAAAAAGAAUAGGUAUAAACUUAAAAGUAUAAUUUCACUUUUGUCGAUUAUCAAUGUACGAUAGAAAUAUCACGUAAAUAUAUACUACCUAGUGAUAAUUUUAAUUUGUACUAUUAUAUCUAUUUUUUAUUUUUUAUCCUAUUUAAAGUAAUGUGUCUUCUGAAAAAUCGGCUUUUUUUUUUUACUUACAAAGUAUUGCUUCUCUAUCGACCAAUUAUAGGCUAGCACUUUACCUAGCUCUAUAUUAUAUAGAAUAAUAUUAUGCUGAUCAGCAAAUCCAACGUCGCAUAACAAGGCGUCGGUUAUAUAUUUUUGCUUAUGCAAUCAACAGCUAAAAAUAAUACGCGAAUCAGCAGUAUAGUAGCGGCUACGUAUCAAAAUUGAGCAAUCAAAAAACAUUACCCCCUCAGCUGUGGUAUACUAAUACCAACCAUUAUGGUUGUAUUCAGACAUACAGACAGAAUAAUUUAUACUCAAUACCACGGAUCAAUACGAGAAACAAGAAUAUCUAACUUCUUGUUUGCUCGUCAUAUAAUUACAUAAUACAGUGAAACUUCAAAAUACCGAAUACUCUUGGUCGCCGAAAUUGUGUCCGCUAUUGGAGGUAUAUUCGUUAGGGGAGGUUUCGCAUUAUAUAUUACUCUGACCUAACGUAUCGCCUCGAUCACUGUAUAGCCGCUACUGUGUAUAUUAUGGACCCAUGAAACGUGGUAACUUGAAAUUGUUUAUUGAAGUAGUUUGAUAACAAAUAGUAUUACAAUAUAAUUAAUAAUAUUAUACCCUAACUGUAAGAAUGUAAUUUUUUUUUUGUAUUUUUUUUUCAAAAAAUGUAUUCAAAUAUUUUUUCAUCACUAUCGAUUUUUGUGUCAAAUAUAAACUUUAUACACAAUAUAAUA